AUGGGAAUGGUCGAGAAAGCAGCGUACGGCGUGUCUGGACAGCAGUUGAAGGGCAACCAAGAGGAUCCGUGCAAGGUGAAAGGACGCGUGGUUGGCGAUGAAGUCUAUUGCGACCGUUACUGGGAGUGUGUUAGCAAUCAGCCAGAGCUUUACGAUUGCCCCAAUGGACUCGUCUUUGCUGGGAAGCAUCGUGGCGUUACGGAAGGCUGUGAUUAUCCGUGGCGCGCCAACUAUUGCGAGGGCAAGCAAUUAGCGAAUGGUCCCAUAUCGACAGAGCAUUGCGACUGGUUAUACGGCAUCUUCGGUCAUGAGACAUCCUGUACACGCUAUUGGACUUGCUGGAAUGGUACCGCUACAGAGCAGCUUUGCAUCGGCGGUUUGCUGUACAAUGAGAAUGCCCACAGCUGCGAUUGGCCGGAAAAUGUAGAUGGUUGUCAGAAGCAUCCACUCUGCAACGAUGAUGCCAACGGUAAUGUCCCACUGGGCAAAUCGUGCAACCGUUAUUGGCAAUGCCAGGGCGGUUAUCCACGCUUGCAACGUUGUCCCGCAAUGUUGGUAUUCGAUCGGCAUUCGUUGCGUUGCGUCGUACCCCCGACGGAGGAGUGCGAUAUACCCACAACGCCAGCGCCACUAGAUGGAGAGGGAGAGAACAAUAAUGUCGGUGGCGGUCAGUUCUCCAAGGACGAGCAAGAACGGAAGCUGGCCAACGAAGGUGUGCCGCCACUGCCAUUGCAAGGCAAGAACUUUCAACGUGCUAGAAAUUAGAAAUUCCAAUUCAAACGCGCAGAAAAGAGUAAAAUGAGGAGCAGAAGAAGGAGCAAAGGGGAGAGGAAGUAAGCGAGGAAAGCAGCGAUGUGUGCGGUGAGGUGCUAUGACGACGAUGAAGAUGGCAAACAGCCACGACAGUGGCUUCAAAUUAAAAUGCAACGAAAUCAAAUAUGUUUGUAGCAUGAAAUUAGUGUAAGAAUAGAAAAAGGCGGUGAUGAAAACAUAAAACAACAGCAAAAAUUUACACAAAAUCAAAACAAAAAAAAAAACGAAAAAUUAUAAUGACAACAAGAAGCUGCAGAGUUGGUUGAGAGCGCAAGCGAGGUUGGUAAUGUGAGGCAGCAUUCAAGUGGGGCUGACGCGAAAUAUCAGUUACGGGUUGUGCGAAAAUUGUGUCUAAAUAAAUUUUUCUAUGCAAUAGAAGCGCCAAGGAAGUGAGAGGUGGCGCGGUUGGCGAACUGAAGUGGCGCGGCAAUUAGUUUUGAAUGCUCCAGCGCGCCUGAGACAUGUCCAACGGAGCGGAUAAAUUCGAGCCGCAGAUGCCUCAAAUGGCUAAACAAAUAAUCAGCACAAGUUGCGCAAACAACAAUAACAAGCACAUACAUACACGCAUAAGGGAGACAAGCAACUGAUACAGCAAGCGGCAAGAGGGAGGAGGCAAGUAGCAAGAGGCAAGCAGCAAGAAAAGGCGCAAAGAUCAAAAGCUAUCGGAGUCGCUUCGCAUUACAAACACACACAAAUGCACCAACAACAACCAAGUCAACGUUUGGCAUGUCAACUUGCUAGCCAUCCUUUGCGGCAGUCUCUAAAUUCAGCUCAUCCGUUGUUAUCAAAUUUUAACACCAUUUUGGCCGUGGCUUGUGCAACAUCAUUAGUAGACCACAUUUUCAGCAUCAGCGAAUGUCACAAUUUACAAAUACCCCUACAUAAAUUCAUGCACUUCAGCGCACUUAUUUGAGAAGAAACAACAACAACAACACAAAAUAUGGUUAUUUGGGAAAUAAAGUCCAAGAGGAAAUUGUAUUUAUAAGAAAUUGCAAGCCGUUUGCCAUUUUCGGCAUAAGUUUAAUACUAAAUCGCUUUUUCUAUUACUACUCAUAAUAAAUUUGUAUGUAACUCAGCUAGAGACGUCACAAAAUAUUUUUCAUGAAAUUAUGUACACAUUCUACAUUUUCAGAGACGUUAAUGUU